AUGAAGUGCGAUGGUUAUCCCCCACCGAAACCCCCCAAGCCACCUCGAAAAAGAACCAAGACCAAGACAGCACCAGUCAAGUUGACGCUGAUACCACUGGGGACUGCCAUCCGCAAUGUUCCUUCUUUCACAAGCCACGAGUCCCCAUACUUUCAGCAUUUCUUACAACUCACAGCGUCGCAACUCUCACUUUCUGCGGAAUCGACCAAUUUCUGGAUCAGAUAUGUUCUUCCCAUGGGACACAAGCAUGAGUCAAUUCGAUGCAGCGUGGUUGCUGUGGGUGCCUCACAUCGGCUGUUCAUGGCUCGGGCAAAUGGUCACCCAAACAUUGAUGAAAUACAAAACUUCAUGAUUCAGCAGUACAACAAGGCAAUCGCAUCCAUUAUCCCAAGCAUGACAGCAAGUUCGGCUGAGAACCUGCAUGUUGUCAUGAUAUGCUGUCUACUGUUUAUCUCCUUUGAAGGUCUCACGGGCCGGUACGACGAAUUUCUGAAACAUCUUCGGGCAGGAUUGGCAUUAUUCCACUCAAAGCCACCCUCAUCAACUUUUGAAGACCGCAUGAUAACUGAGAAGCUUGCAGAAAUGUUCUGUAGACUUCAGGUCGAAUCUUCCAACUUUAUGCCGCCGAACGAAGCGACCUCAGGAGUAACACAGUGGUAUCGCAAGAACACAAUCCAAGACUCAAAAUCGAUCGCCCCUUUCAACAGUCUCGACGAGGCAUCUCUCGUGUUGCGACAGUUGGAUGUUCUUCAAGACGAGAAGCCCUGGCAUUACGAGUGCAGCGAUGAAGGCGACAAAGAGCGUCUCAUGGCCGAGGCAAGCCAGAAGUUACAAAAAUCCCUGGACGAGUGGACUGUGCGACUGGAUGCAUUCUGUCAUCUCAAACCAGGAGGCUUGUCAGAAAGGGAGGAACAGCAAUAUGACAACUUAUGUCUGCGACAAAAGUAUUGGCAAAUGGUGAUUGACUCUUACAAAAAGACGGGUGAUGGAGCAGACCCAAGUCUCAAGGUGUUCGAGCCUUUUCUAGCAGCAGCUCGAAAAGCAGCAGCUCCUAUCCUUGCCCUCCAGCAGCCAACAUACUCACUCGACGGAGAUCUGAUCUCAGGCUUAACUUUUAUUGCAACGGUUACAAAGGAUGAGGAAGUCAAGGUGCAGGCACUUGAUCUACUAUGGAGGUUGAAUCGUCGUGAAGGACUUUUGGACAGCCGCGAUGUUGUUGAGAUGCAUGAGUUGUCGAGGGCAUUUUCACAACUGACAGUGGCACCGACGGUGGACGAGCAUUGGAAGCCCCAGGAGGCAGCUGGAAUACCUUCGAUUAUCGAGAGGUUGCGGAAAUAUCUAGGGACAUGA